UAAACCCAAAUCUCCAACUCACCUUUCGGAUAAGCAUUUCUUUCUUUUAAUUCUUUUGCAUAAUGCCAACUUUAAAAAAAAACCCACAGAAAUAUCUCAAUUGAUAUAUUCAAGUGUCAACUAGAAGUCCUCAUUUUGCGACCCCUUUUAUCAGUUUAACUAAAAUCACUUAACCUCCAAAUUCCAAUGAAGCAUUUUACAUGCUCUACUCAGUAAGUCAACCAUAUAACUAUGCUAAUUUCAUAAUCAUAAUCUGCCUAAUUCAUAAAAACCUUUAAAACCCCUUUCAAAAAAGUUUGUGAUACAAUAACAAUACACAAACAAAAAUGUCUGUUUUAGCUCCAAAUUCUCAAUUUUUCUGCCGAAAUGUAACCCAUAAUGACCAGUUUUCGCAAAAAUCGAAUAAUGGGUGGUGUUUGUUUCUUCUAAAACCAUCUCGGUUUAGAUUAGAAGACAGAAUGAACAGCAGCAGAAGUUACAGAAGAGUUAAGAGGGGAGAGAUUAAGACACAUGCUUCAUGGCUAGAUUUGUCCCAACCCAAUAGUGUUGAAAUGGAACCCAUUAAAGAUUGUGAUCAUCUGGAUCAGAUUCUACAACAAGCUAAAGAAAAUUCUCAACCCAUUAUUAUUGAUUGGAUGGCUAAUUGGUGCAGGAAAUGCAUUUAUCUGAAGCCUAAAUUGGAAAAAUUAGCGGCCGAAUAUGAUACCAAGCUCAAAUUUUACUUCGUCGAUGUGAACAACGUGCCUCAAACUCUUGUCAAGCGCGGAAAUAUAUCAAAAAUGCCUACGAUACAGAUAUGGGUAGAUGGAGAAAUGAAAGCAGAAGUAAUUGGUGGGCAUAAAGCUUGGUUAGUGAUGGAAGAAGUGAAAGAAAUGAUUCAGCAGUUCAUAUAAAUCUACAUACCUCUAUCUUAACUACCACACUUUUAUUUCUUUUUAUUUUUACUUCAACCUCCUCAGUAUAUGUUGAUCAUUUUUGUUCUGUAUCUUAGUGACUUUGUAUAUAAAGUCAGUUGGAAAACUACAUUUCUUUCCUUGUA